UUUUUGUACUUCGUCUCACCCCUUCUCCACGCUCCCUGCUGACAUUUCAACUCUGGCUGUCAACGGCAAAUCAUCUCAACCAGAGCGGAGAAAAGCUCCUGCACUGUGUAGUUAUUGUAUUGGCUGAUGAUUAUCUAGAGUAGUAAUCAUUUGAGAGCACCAUGUGGUACUGUAGUGGCUUGGCUGCGUGUCAGCAGCUGUGAAGCGCGUCCUCUGGCCCUCCUGGACUGAACCCUGCUCCAAAUUUGAAACAGCCCUGGAAUGUGGCUGAGACUCUUCACCCAGUGGACAACUUUCUUUCACAAUCAAGACACACCUCUUAGCAAAAACAACAGGUGAAUUUCUAACCAGGGAAGUGACAGAAAACUGAAGGAACAAUGAACGUUUCAGUCACACCGACGACAACCACAAACGCAACAUGUGUUACAAUCGAGAAGAGCGCCAUCAGCGACCUCCUGAUGUCUGUUUACAUCCUGGUUUUUAUUAUUGGUUUGACCUUCAAUGUACUGACUCUGGGCCCCAUAUGGCAACAAAUGCGGCGACAAAACAUUUUGGGCAUCUUCCUGCUCAACCUGUCCUUCUCUGACAUACUUUUCAUCUUCACCAUGCCCCUUUGGAUCAAUUAUUACAACCAGGACCACAAAUGGAAGUUAGGUGUUACCUCCUGCAGUGUAGCAGGCUUCUUCUACUACUCCAACAUGUACAUCAGCAUCUUCCUCCUCUGCUGUAUCUCAGUGGACCGCUGCCUGGUGGUCACGUACCCGCUCCGCUCCAAGACCCACCGUACGUCAAGGUACGCCUGGGUCCAGUGUGCCACUGUUUAUAUCGUAGUGGUGGUGCUGCAUGUCUUGGUGCUGGUCAAUGACAACCUGACAGACGCCCACGAUGGGGAGAACAGCAACGACCGGUGUUAUGAGACGUACCCCAUGCAGCGGCCUGUCGCCUUGUUUAACCUGAUCAGGGUGGGUGUCGGCUUCCUGCUGCCCCUGCUGGUGUUGGCGUUGAGCUAUUGGAGAGUGCUGGCCACCGUGGGCCAGAGUCCCGGCCUGAGCACCCAGGCCAAGAGGAAGGUCCGGCUGCUGUCCUUCGGGGUGAUUGGGAUCUUCUCAUUUUGCUUUGCACCAUAUCACAUUCUCCUGCUCGCUCGCUCGCUAGUCUUCUAUCUCAGCGAGAACACUUCUCCCGAAGGUAGUUAUUGCAAAUUUGAAGAAACAAUGCACUUCUAUUUCUCGUGCACGCUGGCGCUGUCCAGUCUGAACAGUGUGGUGGACCCCGUGCUGUAUGUGCUGGUCAGUAACGGGGUCUGGGAGGAGUUGAAAAUGUGCUGGAAGAGGGCUGGCAGGUCACAGACUGAGGACUGUGCUCUGACUUCAUACAACAGAGCAAAGUUAAAUAAUAAUUUAAUAUGAAACUAAGCUGUAGGUGUGUGGACAAGAGCAUCUGUAUAUUCUAUGCAUGCAUGUGUGUGCAUGUGCAUACAUGUACGUGAUUAUACAUAAUACUGCUUAAAGUCAUGUCUGCAUCUCCAGUGUUAGCACAUAUGUAGCAGGAUCAUGUAGCCAGCAUCCCAUAAUCAACCCUCCACGUAUAGAAUCAGAUAUCCUUUGAGAGAACCAGAUUGCCAUCUUUAUCUAUUUAUUUUUUCUCCAUCAUAUCCUGGACAGUGUAGAGGAGGAGGAUGAAUAACAUGCAUCUCAGAGCUCUGUAAUUGGAUUGUAGUCCCGGGUCCUGCUCUCCCAAGAGUUCUUCAGCUGCAGCCACUUCUGGUUUGUGGAUGGACACCAACAGAGUUGAAGAGCCCUUAUGUUUUCCCUCCAAUCCAUACAAGGAUGCUGUGACUGUGAUUGUGUGACCCUGGUAUAGCUAAAAGUGCAUUAACCACAAAGCAUGCCAUGAAAAGAAUUUAUUAGCAUGACCAUGUGUCCUCGGUGUCUGACUGAAAUGUGUCUAAUGUAAAAACCAAAUAAACCAGUGGUUUCGACCAGC